CAGGAUUCUGGAAGAAGUUCGGUCUCACUUAUUCCUCGAGCGAAGGCACCUCGUACUACUAGGAAGUCGGCACUCACGCUCGCCUGAUAAAACCGUCCGUUUUCUGGGAUUCGCUGUCUAUCGUUGUGUAAAAAAGGGACAGGAAGGGCCUGCUUACGAUCUUUUCAUCUGUUACGUUCUACCGUUCUACCACUAUCACCCCAGGUAAUCAGCUGCAGUGGCGGGACCAACGAUGAACUACAUUCAGUUAGAGAAACUUGGCGAAGGUACAUACGCCACGGUUUACAAAGGUCGUUCGCGAACGACCAAUGAGAUCGUCGCGCUCAAGGAGAUACAUCUUGACGCAGAGGAAGGGACACCCUCCACCGCCAUCCGUGAGAUUUCCCUCAUGAAGGAACUCAAGCAUGUCAAUAUCGUCCGCCUCCACGAUGUUAUACACACGGAGACAAAGCUUGUCCUUAUCUUCGAGUAUUGUGAUCAAGAUCUCAAGAAGUAUAUGGACCAACACGGCGAUCGCGGAGCGCUUGACCCUAUGACCGUGCGAAGUUUCAUGUACCAGCUCCUCAAGGGCACAUCGUUUUGUCAUGAGAACAGGGUCUUACAUCGGGACCUGAAGCCUCAGAACCUUCUUAUUAAUCGCAAGGGGGAGCUGAAACUUGGUGACUUUGGUCUCGCACGUGCAUUUGGCGUGCCGGUGAACACAUUCUCAAACGAGGUCGUCACACUAUGGUAUCGUGCACCAGAUGUACUUCUUGGAUCACGCACGUACAAUACAUCGAUUGAUGUGUGGUCCUGCGGUUGCAUCUUCGCGGAGAUGAUCUCUGGAGUGCCCCUUUUCCGUGGCCGUGACAACCAGGACCAGUUACUUCAUAUCAUGCGCAUCGUCGGCACGCCGGACGAUCGAGUUCUGAGGAAGAUAGCGACUGAAUCGCCCGAGAUUACCCUAAAGCAAUACCCAAGAUACCCAAAGAUUUCCUUUGCCCAAGUGCUUCCUAAGGCCUCGCCACAAGCCCUCGACUUACUUGAACGUCUACUUCAAUUUGAUCCUGCCAAGCGUAUGACGGCCACUGAAGCCCUUUCGCACCCUUACUUUACCUCCACGGUGGCCCCUACCUACGGCCCAAGUUCGACUCCAGGGUCGAUGCCACCGCCUCAGUUCAAUUUUCCUCAUCCUCAUGCCCAUGCACAGCAACAGCAACAACAACAACAGCAACCCCACAAUCCAAUCCCUCCAGCAGGGUCGUCGUCUCAAAUUUCAAUAACCCCGUCGUCAGUUUAUCCACAUGGCCAGCAGCAGCCCAUGUAUAGCAGUCAGGACGCUGCAAGGAUGCAGGCGCAAGUUCAGGCCCAGGCCCAGGCCCAAGCAAUGGCUCAGGCUCAGGCUCAGGCACAUGCCCACGCACAAGCUCAUAUGAAUCAACAGGUCGCGCCUGGAUACCCUGGAGGGUUUCCUGCGCAGUAUCAGCAACAUCCACGAUAGUGCUGCAAAGCUUUCUGGUGGUGUAGAAAUUGUUUUAUGUAUUUGAUGUUUCGCCCCUUUUUUCAUACGCAUUGUUCCUGUUAUAUGUAUUGUCACCUCGGGGAUAGAAGAAUGUUGUAAUCACUAGUCUUGUAACACAGAUGGCACGUUUCGUCCACGGGGAGGAAUCUACGUUGGUUCGAUUGAAAGUGGGCUAGGUGGCUUUACAAGGAGAGGUUCCAAAAGCGAGUUGCCCUAGCCUGGCUACUGCGGACUCUCAGGCUGGAGGAUCAUUGAAAUUAAUCAAGAUACGAC